UUUAUUAUAACAAACACAGACCGUCGUGUGUGAGCCUGCACGUGUUACUGUUAGUGUUAGAUCAUUAAAUGUAUAAAUCUAUUGAAUACAAAUAGAACUAUUACUUAAAAAGAUUUAGAGAUACAUAAACAAGAGAACCAUUCAAGUGUUCAACAACACCAUUCAAUGUGACAUUGGCUAAAUAGUGGUGGUCUUCAAAAGAUAGAAUCAAAUAGAACUUUUAUAAUUAAAGUAAACAUGCAUGGCUCCUGGGAUUAUGAAUUGAAACGUCGUCUUCAGGAUGCAUCAAUACCAUUGGCUAAGCGCUUUAGGCUUGCUAAAAAUGUGGUGUAUACUGAUACUCAUGAUUUUCCAAGCCAAACAAAAGAGAUACUUAUUGGAGAAUGGCUGGGAGAAUUAACUAGUACGAAAUCUAUAACAAGCAAACAAUUCAGAGAUGUUCUAGGGUGGUUAGAUGGUGGUGAUGAUUUUACCGUCUUCAAAUAUGAACUUAUUAAGAUUGUUGCCAAGUAUGUUGGUAAUAACAUCAUUCAAGUUGAGGAUAUAAAACACAUUAUAACAUUUUUGGAAAACUCAAAGAUAAGGACUCAAUUGAUUAUAUAUAUUAAAGACUUUAUAGACAUAAGUGUGACCUUGUUACAACACUUGGCACAGCCAGACUCAACAAAUAGUGCAUUAGUAGACAGACUUUUGAAGAACAUAUCCCAGUAUUAUAAAGAUUGUAAAAAGAAACUCGAAUUCACAAUUCUAUUUUUAGAUGGUGACAUUUUAGAGACAAUAUUUGGAUAUUUGGGAACUGAAAAUGAGAAGACCACUCUUAGUUUAUGUCAAAGUAUUUUAUUUCCAAUGAAUAAAAAAUCAUAUUUUGCCGGUUAUUUAAACAAUCUAAUAAGAAAAGCUGAUUUGAGUCAAUUAAUAGAAGAAAGUGGCAGCAACAUAGUAUUUGUAUUGAAAAUUAUGGAUGCAUUCCUCAAAUUUCCAGAAGGACGGACUAAUACGGAUGAAAGCUUUCUGAAAAAUUUUAUUUCUGUAUUUGUUUACAGCUAUAGUAAUGAAAGUCAGUUAAUAUUUGCAUUUUACAUAAUGCUGUGUAAUUGCCUUGAUUUAAAACAAAACUAUGUUAACUCGGCGAUGAAGUUAACUCCCAUUGAAUUUGACAGUGAUAAGAUUAAACGUGGUAUAUUCCUGCAUAUGUUAGAAGUGCUUGUAAAAAAUGAAAUAGAUAUAAGUAUCCAGUUAAGGGAUACCAUAAAUGACAGAUCUGCAGAAACAGUAAAAACUUUCCUGCUUUUCUUGCAAGAUGUGCUAUUUAACAACAUAAAAGUUGGGAAGAAAGUUAAUAAAAUGACUCUAAAUCUAAUAACUACAGCUUUAAAAUUAGAUCCUACAUUGGUUGAACAAGUAACCAUACAAAUUUUGCCAUUACUUAUGGUAGCAAAAAAGAAUUCUUCAACAAUGAGUUUGUAUAUAGAAAUGAUAAAUUUACUAUUAAAAACUAUGUUUAAACUUGGAAGGGGACUACAUUUUAUUCAUGAAAUGUUGCCACAUUUGAAAAAUACCUUAGAUUUAAAUCAGUCAGAGCAUGAACUGGAUGGAAGUGAUUUAUUGCCAGAUGAUUGUGUUGAUAUUUAUGGUAGAUUGACCUCAGAACUGUUGUUUAGACAAAAUAAAGACUUAUUGUUACUGUUUCAAGAGGACUUAGAGGAGUAUUGUUUGAAACAUCUACAAAUUGGAAAUAUCAAUAACUCGGUCACAGUUCUAACAGAAAUGCUGUCGGCCAUUUUGUCGAGCUUUUUGCGUUACAAUAAAAUGGCGGAUCACUCGGUACCAUUACCUAUUGGAGAAGAUUUCUGGUCGGCAUUUCACAAUUUUGAAAAUGGUACAUUGAAGACUUUAGCUGAAUGCUUAGCGCAGUUGGAUUAUAAUACCCGAAUUGUUUCCGCAUUCUUGAAAACAUGUAUUUGCUUUGUAGAGCUCAAAGUAUUAAAUUUUAAAUUUAGCAACAUCAAACUAGAUAUAUCAGAAGUAGAUAACAGUGAUGAUAUAUUUGACAUGGGUGUGAUAUUACCAAGUUUGAAAAAUAGUUUCAAAGGACUAGUUCCCAAAAUAAAUGUUGAUGAAAAUGAUUUAAUGCAAAAUCUUCUUGUAUUAAAUAGAUUAGCAUUCCAACUCGUAACAAAGACGAAGAAAACAGAAUAUUAUGCAUCUACCUUCAAGUCACACUUAGUAAAGACUUUAUCAUCUACCCUCAGUUGUGAUAAAAAAUCUUAUUAUUUAAGUAUUCUUUUUUCAAAUUUAGACCAAAAUCAAGUGAAGCAAGUUGCCAAAUGCCUUGUCAAGACUUUCAGUGAGGAUGGUAAUAUUUUUUUGAUUGAUGCUGUUGCAAAUAAUAAACAUUUACUUCAAGCAUCGUUUUCUGAAGCUACUAAAAAUAUACUCAAGCAAUUUGAAAAUACUGAACCACUUUUAAAAUGUUUAAAAGAAAGCCACGACAUAUCAACUGUUUUAAAAGAAAAUAGUGGCAUGAAAUUGUUAUAUAAAUUAACCAUAACAGAAAAAGAUGAGAAAAUAGUACAUUACUUGGAUAUUGUUAAGCAUUUGCAACUCUAUUAUUUAGAUGAAAACAGCCAAUUGGUGGCCAUUUUGGUUUUAUUGGCGCUAAAAAAUAACUGCAAUGUGAAAGAAAAUAAACGAAGCAUAGAUAAUACGUUACAGAGUAUUUACGAAGUCAGUACAAAGUUGCCAGAUGUGUUUAUUUUAUUCUCGGUCUCCGAAAUGUUUCAAUUCGAUAAUAACUUUUUCGACUUAUUAAAAUUAAACACAAAAGCGAGUAAAUUGAUUAUAGUGAAAAGUCUAUUGGAAACAGCUGUGAAAAAGGUCAAAACAGAUGCAGAAGUUAUUAAAAAUAUUGUCAAGAUUCUUCUCGCAAAAUUACCAAAAGUGUCAACUAAGUUGGUGGAUAUUGAAUACUUCGCUAAUCCUAUUUUUCAAAUAAUAUGCAUUUUGCUACCGAUUUUAACAAAGGAGAAGAGGAACAUUACAACAAGCGCGUAUAGAUCAAUUUUGGCAAAUUUGCAAGAACAAUUAAAUAAAAUUAUGUUGGACUCAUUCAAGAAUAUAGAUUUUAGUGUUAUUAAACAUUUUGACGUUAGUGAGGAUGUUAUGGCAACACUGAAUGCGAUGAAUGCUUACUCGCUCACUCUACUAAAGUGUUGUGAAACAAAUGAUGGGUCGGAGGUAAAAAGCACGGAGAGUCUAUAUUCAGGAUUGGAUUUCUUCGUAAAAAAUGCGUUACAAAUAAUAGGUGAUGAUAAAUUCAAAGCUGCUCACGUCGAAACACCUCUACAGCUUAUAAACAUUAUGUUAAGAUACAAAAAGAAACUGGAAUGGCACCAAAUGGUUCAAGACUCUGACAAAUUCAACGAGUUUCUAUCACAAGUGUGGCGUGCUAUAAAACUUCGCUUGUCUAUGGUGCACGGUCAACGAGUAAAGAUUACCAACAGUGUCACAGAUGAAAUGGUGGUGACGUUGAAGUAUGUGGCUGAGUUGUCGUCUACGCAGUUCUUUGUUAAUAUUGUCGACGAUUUGAACGCCUUGUGUGUUUUAAUGAAACCCUCCCUGAUCUUGAAGAAUGAAGACACAGUAAAGUCUGCAAUAACAAGUCGAAGAGUAUUGAAAUUCAUUUGGCUCAAUAUUCUCAAGGCCAAUAUAGUUGAAUUGAAAUGUGAAGCACUAGCAAAACUUAUGUUCAGAUCAUUGAAAAACAUGAGGUUCUGGAUUCAGCAACACUUUUCGGGUGAUUUUGAACAUCGGGAUGGCGAUAAACAAGAUGGUGGAAUGAUAGUGACACUUGAUGAUUCGAUUUGUGAGAUACUGACAAUUGAUUUGAGUAUUCUUGCUGAAGUUAUUUUGGCAGCCAAAAAGAUUUCCUUUGACUAUAAAUUUUUAGACGUGAUAUUUGUGCUCCAACACCAAACGCACUACAUUCUUGGUCGAGACUCGACACACAAAUGUGACAUCUCUUGGAAGUCGUUCUUCGCCCUCUUCGAGAGCAGUGUUGCCAUAUUGAACAGUCUAAUACAGUCCAGGGAGGAGUUAUUGGAAGAUAGGUGGCCAUGUUUCAUGCAAUGCUAUAAGACGUUGGUGCUGUGUAUGUGCGAGAGAUCGAAGCUGAGUGAUCCGGACGAUCGCACCACUGAGCAUAAGUUCGCCGAGAUAGCGCAUUCUAUUGAAAAACUUACACAGUCAAUAACAAAACGCAAAAUGCACGUUUCGAGAAAUAUAGCGGCAUAUGCAGUGGCAGAUUUCUGUGUGUACUUGGAAAGUUGUCAUCCACCGAAAAUAAUUCGUCAACAUUUAGAGAACUCUGUGGUUUUGUUGAUACAGGCGUGUGACUCUACGCACUCUAUGGCAUUCUUAAGGCGUGGCUUAGCGGGCGCUGUGGGACAAAUGACAUUGACUAAUAUGUACACUAUGUAUAAACGGUACCAUAAAUAUGUUGGGAACGCUUGAAUAAAUUGUUUUAUUAUUAAA